AUGGCCGCCACUCGCGAUCCCACCACGCUGUCCAACUACGGCGCCUGGCGCACCAAGCACACCAGCGCCAGCUUCAACAUCGACUUUGACAACAAGCGCCUCGUGGGAUCCGUCGUCCUGCAGCUCGAGAGCCAGACGGACAAGCAGAGCACCGAGAUCGUCCUCGACUCGCGCUUCGUCAAGGUCUCGUCCGUCGCCGUCGACGGUGCCGCCGCCCAGUGGGAGCUCAAGCCGCACUCGGACCCCUUUGGCGCGCCGCUGCACAUCCAGGUGCCCCAUGGCGCGGCCAAGGGCGACGUCGUCCGCGUGGCCAUUGAGCUCGAGACGACCAGCAAGUGCACCGCCCUGCAGUGGCUGACGCCCGCCCAAACCUCCAACAAGAAGCACCCCUACAUGUUCUCCCAGUGCCAGGCCAUCAACGCCCGCUCCAUCUUCCCCUGCCAGGACACGCCCGACGUCAAGUCCACCAUCAGCUUCAAGUUCACGUCGACGCUGCCCGUCGUCGCCAGCGGCGUCGCGGUGGGCGACCACACGGCCACUCCCGGCGUCGAGAAGGUGUACGAGUUUGAGCAAAAGGUGCCCAUUCCCUCGUACCUGUUCGCCGUUGCCUCUGGCGAUAUCGUCGCCGCCCCCAUCGGCUCCCGCAGCAAGGUUGUGACCGGCCCCAACGAGCUCAAGGGCUGCCAGUGGGAGCUGGAGCGGGACAUGGAGAAGUUCCUGGAAAUCGCCGAGAGCAUCGUCUUCCCUUACAGAUGGGGAGAGUACAACGUGCUCGUGCUGCCCCCCAGCUUCCCAUACGGAGGCAUGGAGAACCCCAUCUAUACUUUUGCUACCCCCACAAUCAUCAGCGGCGACAGGCAGAACGUGGAUGUCAUUGCUCACGAGCUUGCCCACAGCUGGAGCGGCAACCUGGUGUCCAAUGCCAGCUGGGAGCACUUCUGGCUGAAUGAGGGCUGGACGGUGUAUCUGGAGCGACGAAUCGAGGCUGCGGUUCACGGCGAGCCCCAAUUUGACUUUUCAUCCAUCAUUGGCUGGAAGGCCCUUGAGGAUGCCGUUGCACACUUUGGCAAGGACCACGAGUACACCAAGCUCAUCAUCAGCCACGACAACGUGGACCCCGAGGACGUCUACAGCACCGUUGCCUACGAAAAGGGCUUCCACUUCCUCUACUACCUGGACCGCCUCGUUGGCCGCGACAACUUCAACAAGUUCAUCCCCCACUACUUCACAAAGUGGGCUGGCAAGUCUCUCGACUCCUUCGAGUUCAGGGACACAUUUGUAGACUUCUUCAACAACCUUGGCGACGAAGAGGUCAAGCAAAAGGUUGCCACCAUUGACUGGGAGGGCAGAUUCUAUACCCCUGGCCUGCCUCCCAAGCCCGAGUUUGACACCACGCUUGCCAGCCAGUGCUACGAGCUGGCUGAGAAGUGGAAGGAUGCUUCCUAUGAGCCCAGCCCCAAGGAUGUUGAAGGCUUCUCUUCCAACCAAAAGAUUGUCUUCCUCGAGAAGCUGCAGCAGUUUGAGCCCCUGAGCACCGACCGAGCCCAGCUCCUCGGCAAGGUCUACGAUCUGCUCAACACCCAAAACGUCGAGCUCAAGUUUGCCUACCUCCAGCUCGCCCUCAAGGCCAACGACGCCAGCAGCUACCAGACGACGGCCGAUUUGCUCGGAAAGGUCGGCCGGAUGAAGUUUGUGCGACCCUUGUUCCGCUCCCUGAACAAGGUUGACCGGAACCUCGCCCUGGAGACGUUUGCCAAGAACAAGGACUUUUACCACCCCAUCUGCAGGGGUAUGGUGGAAAAGGAUCUUGGUGUCUAG